AUGGACCAGCUCAGGAGAUUCAUUCAAUUGGAUGCCAAAGGAAUACUGGAAAAGGUACGAUUGUGUUUAAUAAGGAAACUGCUGCCAGAUUUGGAAGACAGGAGGAAAUAUCAUGAGAAGUUUGCCUCAUCCACUUCAUUCCAUGGCGUGCAUAACAUUGUCCACACGCAGAGCAAGGCUCGCAGGGCGCUGUGGCUGCUGAUAGUCCUAGGCUGCCUUGCCAUUGUCAUUUGGCAGAUCUGCAGUCGCUUCAUCUACUACUUCAGCUGGCCAACCACAACUACAGUGGUGGUUCAGUAUGUGGAAAACGUCAAAUUCCCCGCUGUGACCUUUUGCAACUUGAACAGGUUUCAAGCUCAUGCAGUGAGUAACCUGAAAGUAAUUUUUUUAAUUUGGAACAUUGUAUCUGCAAUUCUGCAAAAAAUUUCUAUGGAUGAUAAAUACUCCCAGGAGUUAAAUUAUUUCCUUCUUGGGAACCAGAACUUCAGCAUCAAAGACUUUACAAGGAAAAACGGGUUUUAUCUGAACAGCAGCACAUUGCUAGAAUGUGAUUUUUUUGGAAAGCCAUGUUACCCACAGGAUUUUGAACAUGUAUUCACUGAAUUUGGAAACUGCUUUACUUUUAAUCACAAUGAUCUUUCAGCAAGAAGAGUGAGUUUGUCUGGAAGAGGCUUACAUUUGCUUUUUGAUGUCCAGCAGGACAAAUUCACUGAUGAACCUACUCUUGGUUACACUGAUGCUGGGAUAACUUUUGUUAUCCAUUCACCCCAAGAGCUUCCACGUUUUGAUGGUUUAGGUUUAUUGACACCAGUGGGGACGCACGCACAGGUCGCAAUCCGCCAGCUGAAGUCAAUUAUCCAAGAAUACCCAUGGGGAGAGUGCAAGCCUGAUAUAAAGCUUCAGUACCACAAGAUUUAUAGUACUAAUGGAUGUUUGCUGGAAUGCAAAGCCCGGUACAUACAGGACUGGUGUGGCUGUUUGCCAUUCAUUCUUCCAGGAAAUGGAACAGAAUGUGACUUGCUGAAGUUUUACAAAUGUGUUUAUCCAGCAGUCUAUGAUAUAGAGAUAAAAGGAUUAUGUACAGUAGGAACACACAAUUCCACUUGUCCUGCCCCAUGUGAAGAAACAGAUUAUCCUACCACUGUCACCUAUUCAAACUUUGGAGGAGAAAAAGCCAUAAAAUAUUUUUCUACAAAACUGAAGAAAAACCCAGAAUACAUCAGGCAAAACCUUGUGCGUAUUGAGAUUAAAUAUCAUGAUCUGAGCUACAAAAUAACACAGCAGCAGAAGGCCUUGACUAUCUCUGAGUUGCUUGCCGAUGUAGGUGGCCAGCUUGGAUUGUUUUGUGGUGCCAGUAUGAUUACAAUCAUAGAACUGCUAGAGUAUAUUUUUACUAACUUCUGUUGGAUGUGCAUCUUUCUUCUUUUGAAAUCUCCUGAAAUGCCUCAAUGGAACAACCCAUCCCAGAAUCAAUCAACACACAUGGAAAAAAAGAGGGGAAUACAAGAAUGUUAGGGGCUUACAGAAGUCCAGAACUAAUUAGUUUUGCAAAUUCCCUUUCUUUUAAGAUACAAAGGAGACCGUAAUAUUUUAUACAGCUCCCUUCUCUGGAUUCUUUAUUCUCCCUUUUACUCCCUAAAACUACUUAAUUGUGCUAAAUACCUUUAAAGAGUGAAUUUCACAAAGUCUCAAUUUCCUUCUCACAUACAGUAAAAUGCAGUCUUUACAUUCGUUUUAAUAUUUUUUAAUAACAUAGCAAGUGAUGCUGACAUAUGAUACAAUUUAGCAUUCAUGACCCAGUUUUUAUUUUCUGUGUUUUGAAUGAUUAGAAUAAUACACAUGCCAAAUUAUCUCCCAGAAAUUUCUUGACUACCAUAAAUAUGGAGCAUUGCUUUUCUUAAAAUGCAGGUUCCUUAUUAACAAUUCUUCCAGCAGGUUGUCAUUGUAACAUAUUUGAGUGAAGAAUAUGGUAGCUUCACCUAGAAAAAUUAGCAAUGUGCCUAAUAGCAAUAAAAUUUACAGUACCAUCUCUCUGAAACACAUUUUAAAAAAUCUCAUCAGUCUGCCAGCUACUAUAGAGAACCACCAGGCAUCCAAGUGGAUAGAAAAUGGGAAAACAUGGGUCAAGUUCAAUGUUUAAUGCCAUGAAAGAUGAAAACAAAAGCUUAAAGUCUCAUCUAAGUCUUACUAAGUAUAAGUCAGUGUAAGAAUUUUGCGGCUUUGGUGCUGAUUCAGGUUUCCUGAACAUUUAUUUCUUUAAAAGUGUUCAGAAAAGCUUCUGUUAUUUCCUGCAUCUGUUUAGGAUUAUAGAGCAGUAGUGGUUUUGUCUUAUUUUUUUAAAGAAGAUUGCAAUGAUUAAAUAAAGUAAUAAAUGCAUUUACUGAAGAGCCAGGUCCUUAAGGUCAGAUAUAAAGUAAUGAAAAUGCUACCCUUUGGCCAUCAUUGGCAACAGUUUCCCUCCAACAUAAGCCCUAGGAUCUGCAAUUCAGGAAACAAAGGAAAUGUUUUUGCUGCCUAGAAAGAGAUACCUUGGUUUUUUUCUUCUAACCUUAAGCAUAAGUCAAAGAUUUUUUUCUCUAUUCUUUUUUAUUGGUCACUCCACUUCUGCUGGGACUUUUCCCCGCACCGUUACCAAGCACAGGCACAUUUGGCUCACCAGCCCUACAAAAAGGUCAUUCUAACCCUACUGUCCAAGGUGUGUACUAGACAACACAGAGGAAGAAUGGAAAGAACAGAGCAAACAUACUGCAUGUUUUUCUGUAUUUCUCUAAGGACUUCUCCCAGCCUCAAACAGUUUCUAACUGUGGAACUCUUAAGCCAAAAGAAAUUAUAGGUUUGGAAAUAGCAACCAGGUAUUAUCUGACUUCUGGAUAAAAAGAAAAGCAGGGUAAAGUUUAAACACAGUAAUCUAGCACACCUUGUAUUUCAGAGAUCAAAGUGUCUUGUAGCUAUCAAUCACAAUGAUUUGGGUUUUUUGCUUCUACUAAUACGGGCUAAAUAAAAGAACAUUAGUAUUGUAAGGACUAAACAAAACAGAACUGGUAUUGUUUCUGUCCAAAGGUUCAAGUGAAACGAAGCACAGAACAUGCUAAAAGAUCAGCCAAAAAAAGCACCAGUGCCCAGAAAGGGAAGGUACUGGAAUCUUUGCUUUGUUUAACAAGACUAAAAAAAGACUUUUGCUUACUCCACUGACUUUGGACAAGGACAGCUGAAAUCACUGCUUGGUUACAGAUUCUUUUAACAUACGUGACAGAAGGAGCUCUGAAGAAAGCACAAAGACUUGUUUUGCCCAAGGUCAAGUGACAGACUCAGAUAGGUUUUUUUCAGCAAUGGUUUGUGCUAAGAUUAUAUAAAGCAAUUGAUUCCCCAGCACAGCUAAAUUUAGCAAAUGUGCUGUGCAGCAGAGCAGAAGUAAGGGUGCUUUUGUAUUUUGAUGUAUCACUCCUCCUCUAUUAUGGCAAUACAAUUUUAAAAAGUGUUAAAGUGUCUGGCUUUACUGGAUGGGUGACAAUGUCAUAUCUAUAAGGACAACAGAAGCAAGAUCUUUUAAAAAUUUGAACACAUCACCUCCUAGUUUAGCAUUAUUUUACUGCUUAUUUAUUCAGCUUUCAUUUUCACAAGUGAACAACCACACUCCAAGUAAACAUACUGGCAAGCUUUUCCCACAGUCAUUGGUUCUAAAAUGGUAGUCCUAACAAUUAGUUUUACAUGACUGGGAAAGCCCCCUUGGGCUCCUCCCAAGUCUUUGUCUAAUGUGCAAAAAGAGAUGCAAUGUAGAAUUUAGUAAAAAAAUUUCAAAAUACAUUUUUAAAUACAUUCUGCAGAAGUCAUUAAACUUUCUUUAAUGCUGUACAGACUCUCACACUGUUGCAUACAUUUUAUAAAGAACAGAGGGAGGCAAUUUAGUUAUGUGGAUAAUGACCUGUGUUUGGGAACUCUGGAUUUUAUAGAGUAUUGUUGCAUUCUCUUAUGAAUCUUACAAGUAUUUUUCACAGAGAAUUGUUCAAUCACCUUAUGCAGAGUAUUCAUUUCCAACCCUGGACAGCUGGUCAGAGUGUCAGAGCUCCUGGUACAAAGAACACAGACUUAAUAAAUUAUCAGAGAACUUGCCAUGAGCAACUGGGGCAGGGGAAGGUUGGAGAUAGCUAAAGACAGGAAUCACACCUUUUGACAAGUUUCUUUAGCUCAUUUCUCUUCUUCUAACUGUCUCACAAGACUAUUGCAAUGUCCAUGGUAGACAUUUCUAAAGGAGUACCAAAAAGUAAGGAAUUAUUCAAGAAGAAAUUGCAUUUUUUUUUCCCAGACAGUUCAGGAAACAGGUCUGGCACUUCCUUAUUGGGCAAAGCAAAAUGUAGAAUGUAUAAAAUGGCCUGUACAGAAGGAUUUAGAGCAGACUUUCAUGGAAUAGAUGAAAUCACUGCAACUUUUCACCAGUAGAUGCCCCACUUACCUUAGGCUGCUGUUCAUAAGGCUUCUCUUGCACCUGCUGAUUUCUCAGCACCUAUUAUAAAAUUUCUCAGUGUAACUGAAGUCAGAUUGUUUCCCUCUGGUUAAUGAUGUAUCAGAUGGGGAAAUAUUUCAAAGGAGCUGCUGGCAAACCUGCCAUUGUUUAGACUGAACUGAGAGACAUCAUUUUUACAGCACUUUGUUUAGAUUGAUUUCUGAAGAAAACAAACAA